GUCUUGCCUGGCGCAAAAUGGCAGCCCCUUGUGUGCGAGUAAUAGCGCGGUAGCAUGCGCUGGACUUUAAUGUCAACAUGUCCCUGUUGAGACUUUGUGCCUUUCCUAGGUGUCGGACUACUCGCAUUUUAUUCGAAACAAACUUGAGGAAUACAUUCUAUUCCGAUCAAUGCCACGCCUGUGUCAGGAUACGGAAUGACUGUCACAGGCGAAUAUCUGAAAGCCCCUGGGCAGCAUACCGGAGAAAUUAUUCGACCGUUAUACCAAAGAAAGAGGAUGGCAAGAAACGAUUAUGGGAACAGUCUCACCUCCUGGACGUACUGGAAGCCCGGAUCCAGCAGCUGCAAUCGGACGUUUUUCUAGACGUCAAGCACUCAAAGGUGCAGGUUGUCAAGUUCUCCCAGGCUGGGAAAGACGUAACCCCAAAGAAGGUCCCGACCGGCAGGAAGGGAGGGGGCCCUGACCCCUCGCCCCAAAAAUCGGGCAACCCGAGCCGCUGGUUCGAGAAGCUGAACCGAGAGAAGACGAGCAAGGCGAAGAGGCUCCUGCACCACCAGCAGAAGAACCAGCAGAACCCCGCGAAGGCCAAGGGCGGUAGCGGCGGCCUGCACCUCCCGGGCACGUCGAUGAAGACCAUCUCGGCCUCUAAACUGAGCAAACCCCCGGCCAAGACGGACCCGCCGAGGCCCGGCCCUCCCCGCAAGAAAGACCCGAAUCAGGAGCUUCCUAAGGGCCGGACCGCCUCCUCCUCCUCCUCUUCCUCCCGCCACGCCGCCUCCACCUCCGCCUCCUCCUCCCGCCACGCCUCCUCCUCCUCCCCCCGUCACGCCCGCUCCCGGCCCAAGGACGAGGAGGAGACCCUGGCCGAGCUGGAGGAGCUGGACCGGCAGCUCAACGAGUACACCUCGGCCGCCGGCGGCGGCGAGCAGCUGGCCAAGGACCGGGACUGCAGUCGCUAUGGCGACGCCCAGGCCAACGUGCGCUGCUUCCUGGAGGCCUGCAUGUACAUCGGCGACGUGGACCGCGCCCAGCGCUGCCUGCUCAGCCACCACCACCACCUGUCCCGUCGCAAGCUGCUCACCGUCUCCACCUACAACUACAUGAUGAGGGUGUGGGCGAAGAGGGGUGCUCUGAACCAGAUUGGCCGGCUGUUCAUCCUGGUGGAGGAGGCGGGCCUGAAACCCGAUCUGGGCUCCUACGCCGCUGCUCUGGAGUGCAUGGGUCGCGUCCCCAACUGCUCCACGCGCGUCAUCAGCAGGUGUCUGCAGCAGCUCGAGGAGGCGGGCUUCUCCUUGGAGGACCUGUUCCGCCGCUGCCUGUUCCGCCAGGACGAGAGGGAGACCGUGCUGAAGGCCGUCCGGAUGGUGGAGCCCGACUUCCAGCCCGCCGUGCGCACCGAGCCCAAAAUCUGCACCUCUCCUCUGGUCGAGGAGGUCUACACCAAGAGGGACAAUGUGGACUAUCCAAAGUUGGACUUCUCCCUGGCGGAGCUGCAGGAGAAGUUCAGCCAGCAGCUGGCCAUGGAGCAGGCUGACACCGUCACCAUCGACUCCGUGGAAGCCAUGAAGCCCGUCACCGAGCAAAUGGCCAAAAUGAGAGCCCUGCUGGAGCAGCAGCGCUCCCAUUGGCGGUCGGCCCUUCUGAAGGGCCUGAAGGAGAGCAAGCUUCACCUGAGCACCAGCGACCAGAAGUCCUGGCGGAUGAACCUCUACCCUUACCUGUGUCUGCUGGAGGACGGCGAGUACGUGGACAUCAUGCUACAGGGCCUGUCCAGCCUGCCCCCCAGCGGCGAGUCCCUGCUCAUCCUGGCCAAGAACCUGGGCCACAGGAUCCAGAACAAGUUCUUCAUCCGGCAGAAGAGCCAGAGUCAGGUGGUGGACAAGCUCCGGCACGUCUACGAGCGAUACGUCCAGCUGCUGGCCAAGGACACUGAGAAAUCCAACGUCUUUCCCCGGGAGCGGUGGGCGGAGCUGGAGGCGGGGCUUGGCUCCGGCCCCUCCCUGCUGAGCGACGACACCCAGUGGCCGCCGUUCCUGGCGAUCCAGCUGGGCAUCCACCUGGUGGACCUCAUGGUGCGGGAGCUCAAGGUGCACAGCGACGUCCUGAACCCCGCCCAGGAGAGGAAGCUGGUCUCCGUGCUCUACCACAUGUACACCUUCCGUAGCAACCACAAGGUCGGCUUCAUCAAGCCGCACCCGAUCCUCACGCAGAUCCUGACGGAGGCGGUGGAGACCAAGCUGACCUUCCCGUCCCACGUGAUGCCCAUGCUGUGCCCGCCGGUGCCCUGGACCUCGCCGCGGUUCGGCGCCUACCUCCUGACGGGCGCCAAGCUGAUGCGCUCCGCGCACGGCGCCGCCCAGCACCAGGCGCUCCUGGAGGGGUGCGGCGAGCCCGAGCUCCACGCCGUGCUCGACUCGCUCAACCAGCUGGGCAACUGCGCCUGGAAGGUCAACCGCCCCCUGCUGGACGUCAUCGUCUCCAUCUUCAACGGCAAGGGGUGCGAGCGGCUGGACGUGCCGCCGCCGCCGUCCGAGGCGCCCGAGCCGCCGCCGCCGCCGCGCCCCGGCCCCGCCCCCCCCGGAGACCCCGCCCACUCGGCGGCCGAGGGCGCCGCCCUGAAGCGGGAGGUGGCCAAGGCGCGGAAGAAGGCGGCGGAGAUGCACAGCCUGCGCAUGGACGCCCUGUACAAGCUGUCCAUCGCCCGGCACGUGCGCGACCGCGUCUUCUGGUUCCCGCACAACAUGGACUUCCGGGGCCGCACCUACCCGUGCCCGCCCUACUUCAACCACUUGGGCAACGACGUGACGCGCGCCGUCCUGCUCUUCGCCGAGGGCAAGGCCCUGGGGCCCCGGGGCCUGGACUGGCUCAAGGUGCACCUGGUCAAUCUGACGGGGCUGAAGAAGCACAGCUCGCUGGCGGGCCGGCUGGAGUACGCCGAGAGCAUCAUGGAGGACAUCCUGGACUCGGCCGACCGGCCCCUGACCGGCAGGAAGUGGUGGAUGGAGGUGGACGAGCCCUGGCAGGCGCUGGCGUGCUGCAUGGAGAUCGCCAAGGCCUCGCGGUCACCUGACCACACGCAGUACGUCUCCUACUUCCCCGUGCAUCAGGACGGCUCCUGUAACGGUCUCCAGCACUACGCCGCUCUGGGCCGGGACGUGAUCGGCGCCACCUCCGUCAACCUCAUGCCCUGCGACGUGCCCCAGGACGUGUACAGCGGCGUGGCGCAGCAGGUGGAGGAGUUCCGCGCCCGGGACGCCCAGCGGGGGCUGAAGAUCGCCCAGGUGCUGCGGGGCCACAUCAAGCGCAAGGUGGUGAAGCAGACGGUGAUGACGGUGGUGUACGGCGUGACGCGCUACGGCGGCCGGCUGCAGAUCGAGAAGCGCCUGAGGGACAUCGACGACUUCCCCCAGAGCCGGUUCUGCAGUUAUGAUAACCCAACGCGCACCCAACCCAACGGUCUGUCUGUCCUCCUGAACGUCGUGUCGCCUCUCUCCCCUUGCAGGAGGCCGGACACGGUGAAGCAGAAGAACGCCUUUCCCCCGAACUUCAUCCACUCCCUGGACUCCACCCACAUGAUGCUGACCGCACUGUACUGCUACAGGGCGGGGCUGACCUUCGUCUCCGUCCACGACUGUUUCUGGACCCACGCCGUCACCGUGGACACCAUGAACAAGAUUUGCCGGGAGCAGUUUGUGGCCCUGCAUAGUCAGCCCAUCAUGAAGGACCUUUCCACCUUCCUGCUGAGGAAGUACGCCAGCGGAAUGCCAGGCACGCCGAGAAACAAGAAGUUCCUGGAGCACAGGAGACUGCUGCAGCUUCUCGCCAAAGUCCCCGAGACGGGUGAUUUCGAUCUUCAGAAAGUGAAGGAAUCCACGUACUUCUUCAGCUGAGGUGGAGCAGUCGCUGCAGACAAGACAAGAGGCAUUGAUCGCUUUGGAUUGAGGGACUGACACAGCCCGGCCUUGUCUUCGGAAGCCAUCGCUGGAUCGAAUCCCUGUCCUCCACAGUGCCGCGAGGAUGGUGCUGUGGGCGGGGCCAGGGCUGUGGGCGGGGCUGGGGAUGGAGAACUCUCAAUGAGCCCAUCUCUCUGAGGAGGAGGCUUUACACGGAAAGACCAGGUUAACUCUGGAAGCAAACUGGCCUCCGGCGGCCAUCUUGGUUACUGUAGAUGUUUUUUGCACUUGUGUGACUGCGUGUGUGU